CGCAGAACAAAUCGUGUUCCCGGAAAGGAUCGGGCAGCGACAGUCGUGCUGUUGUUUCCCUGUUAGCAAAAGUAACUCAUUGUAUUUAAAUGGCAAACAGAACCGUUAAAGAUGCUAACAGUAUACACGGGACCAACCCGCAGUAUUUGGUGGAGAAAAUCAUCCGGACUCGAAUAUACGAAUCAAAGUACUGGAAGGAGGAGUGCUUCGGUCUCACCGCUGAGCUGGUUGUAGAUAAAGCCAUGGAGUUGAAAUAUGUUGGUGGAGUGUUUGGAGGAAACAUCAAGCCCACUCCCUUCCUCUGCCUCACUCUGAAGAUGCUGCAGAUUCAACCUGAAAAAGACAUCAUCGUUGAGUUCAUUAAAAACGAGGAUUUCAAAUAUGUUCGUCUACUGGGAGCGAUGUACAUGAGGUUAACUGGCACUGCUGUUGAUUGCUACAAAUACUUGGAGCCGCUGUAUAACGAUUACAGAAAAGUCAAGAGUCAGAACAGAAACGGAGAGUUUGAACUGAUGCAUGUUGACGAGUUCAUUGAUGAGCUCCUUCACGCAGAGAGGAUGUGUGACAUCAUUCUUCCUCGGCUUCAGAAAAGACACGUUCUGGAGGAGGCUGAGAUGUUAGACCCACGUAUCAGCGCUCUGGAGGAGGAUCUGGACGAGGUAGAGAGCAGUGAUGAGGAAGAAGAGGACGAAGAGAAGCCAGAGAGACUCCAGACCCCUGAGCCCCACAGACGCCGCGACAGUUACCGUGACGACAGACCACGUCGCUCUCCUUCGCCACGUUACAGACGCAGUCGCUCCCCAAGACGGAGGAGCCGAUCGCCAAAGAGGCGAACCCCAUCGCCCCGGAGAGACCGCCAUCGCAGCAAGAGCCCCCGCCGCCACCGCAGCCGCUCCAGAGACCGCCGCCACCGCUCCAAAUCCCCAGGUCACCACAGAAGCCACAGACACCGCAGCCACUCAAAGUCCCCAGAGAGGAGUUCAAAAAAGAGUCACAAGAAGAGUCGAAGAGGAAAUGAGUGAUGUUUCUUUGACUAUAUCUUCCCUUUUAAUUUUUACCUCCAAACUGACAGAGAACUUGCCUCCAAAGGUUUUCAAUUUUAAUUUUAAAUGUUGGAUAACUCGUCUUUAAGAUAUUACAAUGUGAAGCCCUCAGGUCUCAGCAGUUCGUAUGGAGAAUAUGUUUUUGCUCACUUUAUCUUCAGCCUUUCAGCCUCAUUCUGUGGUUCACGUCGUGAACAUUACAGCCAUUAUUGAUAUCUUUUGGAUCUGUGUAAAUACAGAAAAUGUCUUUCUGUAUGUUAAGAACAUUGAGAAAUAAAAACCCUGAUUCAUUAA